AUGAGGUCAGAUCUGCCGGUUGAUAUGGGAUCUAGUUUCCGCCGUGCUGGGGAACGAUUGAGGUCCAUCGCAAAGAUGAAUCGCUGGGCGAAAACCCAGUAUGAAGGGAAAGUCGGCGAUACAGACACUAUCACCAACUGCUAUCUCCUUGCGCUACCGACCGAGCUGCUCCUAGAAAUUAUUUCUCACCUGUCGGUGCUGCCCGAAGCAUGUCUGGCGCUGACCUGUAAACGCCUCUACUCGAUAUGCGGUGCUACCCUGGGUGCCAAACCCCUCCAUUUCAGUCGAGACUUCGCACCGCUUUUCCACCACUAUCGCAAUGGACACAAUUUCGUCACCCCACGCUGGCAAUUCAUAAACUUGCUGGAAGAUAACAGGUGGCGGGCAUGUUCUCGAUGCUUGAAGCUCCACCCGAGGAGCUUCUUUCCCGCAAGAGAGCUGAAACGAAAGUCCGAGGAUAGGUCAUGCAACCUAGGGAGUUCGGCAGGCAUAGUAGACCUAUGUCCUUGCAAGAAACUGACUUUCCAGGAUAAGAUGGAACUUGUUGAACUUUUGAGAGUACGAAGGAGAACGAUAACGGACCUGGCGGUCCAAUUUGGAUCCGGGAUGAAACAGCAGCGUUUCUGCUGGCAUAGUUGCACUGAGGACUACGGAUCAACACAGCUGGAUAUUGAGAUCUAUCCUGAGCUGGACGACGAAGACCAGUUGAAGAUCAAGACAGAGUACCGCUUGCGCACGGGUUCCGGCCAGCUCGGCAAGGAAGAGCACAUGACGCCGCGCUUUGGUUGUGCUCACCGGUCGGUUGACUUAUGGCUUUCGAGUGUAUGCCAGACCACUCUCUGUCGCCUUUAUGACAACCACUGCGCAUCCUGCAAGCGAAUAUCCGUAUGUAAUACGUGCAAUGCCUCACUCAGGUGUCCUCGCAAACAACCAUGUCGAGUCGACGAGGAAACGGGACAAGCAACAUACCACUUUUAUACUGAACGGUGCCUUGGUGGACCGGGGCCUGUCCCAGAUCAGACAUGGGCCACGCAACGAAUCCAUCCUGCGGAGAAUUUAAUCGAUGUCGCGAAUUGCAGUGAGCUAUGCCCGUGGACGAUCCGAGAACAUCCACCUCUGGAAGAAGCACCGUCUUUGGAUAUGAAUAUCCUCAACCCCGCUAUACAGGAUCAGUCGAUGAAUCAGCUACUUCUAGAUGAUGCGGGUUGUUCCGUCGAAGAACAGGGAGCUUCUCCCUACAUUCCCUUAUUGUCAUGCAGCAAGGAUAGCAACAGAGUGCAGUGGAUUGAUGAGCAUUGUCUGCGUCCUGGGGCGAUGAGCUACCCACCACCCCAUAACGGCCCAUAUCCUUCGCAGUACAUGCAGCAACCCCCCAAUCUGCCGCAUCACCAGCAGACCAUCCACCCGCAGCAGCUACUGUACAACAGCAAUGUCAAUACGAGCGCUUCGCCAUAUCAAUAUGGGAAGCCGGUGGUCUAUCCCCAGGUCAUGAUCCCGGCGUAUCCUGCUUACGCGCAGACGUAUAACCCGCAGCCGCCGCAACAACAGCAACCUCCACCACCACCGCCUCAACAGCCUCCACCCCAGCAGCAGCCGCAACAGCAAUAUGUGAAUCCGUCGGAUCUAUUCAACCCACCACCGCUUGCUUCUACCUCGCCUCCUCAGUUCACCAAUAGUCCGUCCCAAUAUGCUGCACAACCAGCGGUGUCUGUUGCAGGCAACAGCCGCUCCCCAGUCCUCCCUACUUCUACCCCCGCCCGAUCCACGUACUAUUCCGCCCUGAGUCCAAAUCAAGCGAAUCAAACUCCUAACAAUUACCCUCAACCUACAUCUACUACGCCUUCAGUCCAAGUGCCACCUCCCGCUGCUGCGGCUGUGGCUGCGACUGCGUCUCCUGCCCCUGCUCCUGCUGCCAAACCAGUUGCUGCCAACCCUGUCCCCGUUAAGCCAGCCGCCGCCAAACCUGUCGCUCAGACUCCUCCAGCACCGUCCCCUAAGCCUGUCCAGGUGUUAAUCCCAGCUCCUACCCCAGAAGUGCAGCAGAAAGUUCAGCGCCCACCCUCCAAGAAGCAAGCGCAGCGACAAACUGGCCAAAAACCGACCCAAAAAUCAGCAGGCACGCCGAUCGACUAUCAAGUAUUGCUGUUGGCCAUGGCUGAUGAGUAUCUGAAUGCUGCUCACAGUCAUGGCACGUUGGUAGCCCUGUUAAGGCGGGAGAUGGAGAUGGACGAGUAUUACAAAUUAGUUGCUACAGGUCUUGGUUGCUUGGAAGCCGUUCUCAAGAACUGGCGACUUCAGCCCCGUGUUGAAGCUCUAGUCCGAUUACGUUAUGCCCGUAUAUUGUUUGAGGAAACAGACAACGACCUUGAAGCGGAGACAGCAUUGAGCAAGGGUAUUGACCUUUGCGAAAGGAAUCGGAUGCUUGAUUUGAAAUAUAGCAUGCAACAUCUGUUGGCGCGAAUGCUGUAUAAGACGAAUCCAAAGGCCUCACUGAAAGCUGUUGAUGGGAUGAUACAAGAUGUCGAAGCGUAUCGCCACUCCGCCUGGGAAUACGCUUUUCGUUUUCUUCGGGUGUCCCUUUCACUUUCCUCGUCGGCGCAUCAAGAUUCGGUGUCGGCACUACAGCACCUUCACAAGAUUGCCACCAUGGCUAGCCGCAAUGGUGAUAGGGCUGUCUCAGCCAUGUCUGCGAUAAUCGAAGCUCUCGCGCACCUCCAGCAAGGAUCCGGGUUUGACUCCGUCGAGCAAGCCCAGCGUGCGGUAGCCGUAGCGCGGAGUCACCAACUCAACGAUGAGCUCCGACAUAUCCCACAGCUAACGACUUUAGUCCAAAUUGUCGAUAUUUGCUGCAGUCUACUCGAAUACGACAUCAAUCAAUCAUCGCAAAAGCUGAAGGUGCUGCAAGAUCUGAUGGACGAACGCUUGAAUGACUCGAAUUGGCGCAGCGAUGGAUCAUUCUCAAUCCCAUUGAAUGGCAAGUCGGCCGGUCCGUCUUCCAUCGACACCGGGGACAUCCUCCAGGUCCAGAGCGGCACGCUGCUGUUAAGCUUCAAUUGGCUACCCCAGCACGACCUUUAUGCGCUCUGCUACUUCCUUAGUUCGAUCACACUGAGCUGCAAAAACUCAUAUGAUGGACGCAAGGCAGAGAAGUUCUUGCAGGAGGGCACUCGAAGUUUCAAGGCGCCACAAGAGAUCACAGAAUCGGUGGUCAGUGCGAAUAGACGCGUUCAGUGGCGCAGGCUUCUCUAUUGCAACCUGCUCGUCCAGCAGGUUUUUCUUGCAUGCGGUCGCACAGAUUGGGAGCUUGCCAACAAGACAUUGAAGGAACUUCGAGAAGAAGGCCAGGAACUUGGCGACCAGCUCCCAGAUACCGUCGAGUGCCUAAUGGAGUAUGCCACCGGUGCUAUUGCACAAGCAACAGGCGACCUCACCGCAGCUCUGAACGCCUUCCAAUCUCCUCUUCUCUCAUUAUCCACUAACUUCAGCAAGACGGCGCGCAAUGAGCCACGCCGCGACAUCGCCAUUCUCGCUGCUUUAAACACCGUCCUCAUCCUCCGUGAUCCCACCCACCCCUCUCACUCCCACCUACCCACCAUAUUAUCGACCGUGGAAUCCUUUUGCACCGGCAGUCCCAACAAGUAUAUCCAAGCAGCAUACUACCUGGUCUGCGCAACCGUGCAGACCGAGUCCACGAUUCAAACCAAGCAAUACCUGCAACAAGCCCUCCAAUCCGCCACAGCAAUCAGCAACAGCCAAAUCACCUGCAUGACCCUAACCUUCAUGAGCUGGAAAUACUUCCGUGGCGUCGUCGGCGAACAAGCCGAGAAAAGUGCCCGAGCGGGCCGCGCCAUGGCUAAGAAAGCCAACGACCGGCUCUGGGUCAGCGUGACCGACGAAAUGCUAGCCGAAACGCUAGAACGUCAAGGAAAGAAUGAGGAGGCCAAAGGUGUACGGGAAGAAGGUCAUCGCGUGAUGAUGGGAUUGCCGUCUGCUUUGAAGAGACCUGUAUAG